AUGGGUGUUUCUCGAGAUCGCGGACGUGACGAGGCGGCCGCAUUAACGCAGCAAAAGGGCCAGAAACUAUACCAACAGGGCCACUUCCAGGCGGCUCUUGAAGCAUUUACAGAGACCCUGAACAGUGGCCAUGCUGAUAUUAUCGGCGUUUAUGAUAACCGUGCAGCCACCUUUGCUAAGCUAGCCAAGUAUGAUUUGGCGUUGAGAGAUGCCAGAGCCAUGAUCAAGACCGACAAACAAGACGCUCGGGGCUAUCUUCGCUGCGCCAAGGUCCUCCUAUCCGACGGGAAGCCUGACAAGGCCCUAGAGGUGUAUGCUUAUGCUCUUAAGACUUUGAGCAAAGGCAACCCGCGUCGUCAACUCCUAGAGCAGCUCCAUGACAAACUGUGGAGCAAAGUAUACGCAAAAUGUCACGACCCUUUCAGCGUUCUGCCUUUGGAAGUGGCAAUGAUGGUGUUGCAUCAAUUCAGCUUCAAGCAGAUUGUGGCUAUUCUUCGUGUAUCGAAGAAAUGGGACCAAUUUCUAUCAUCCAUGCGAGAUCUGUGGAUGCGUAUUGAUCUGUCUGAUGCUCGCGGGAAGGUACAGUGGCACUCUGUGAGGGCGUACAUCCGACGCUCGAAAGCCAUGCUCACCCACGCUGUCAUGAGGAACGUCGCCACCCCCUCAACAGGAAAGGUUCUGGAGUUUUUCAGUCGAUGUCCCAAUUUAGAACACUUUGAACUUUGGGCUCUAGCUAAACCAGAGACUCUUUACGAUCUGUUCAAGGGGUCUAGACGGCUCAAGACACUCAUAGUAUCGGGCCAUACGGCUGUUCCGCAAGAGGUUGUUGGUAAAUUUCUGCAGUCUCUACCUCUUCUCGAGCGACUGGAGAUUCAUGAUGCCAAACCAUCGCCCGCAGUACGAGUGCAAUGGCCUGAGACACUCCCACAUUUGAGAAGCAUAACGCUUGGCGCGACGGUUUCAUCUUCUUCACCCGAAGUGCAGAUUUCUGCUCUCCAUUUUCCGAUACAACAACCAUCAUCGGCUUUCCCACAACUCGAGGAACUACGCCUUAACUGGAGCCCACGCAUAUUCACAUCUUAUCGUCUCGGCAUCAACCUGGAAGAUUUCGCACGACUUCGCCGGCUGGAUCUGGGUGGCAUCUAUGUAGGGGCAGAGUUCGGACUGCCGUCUGAUCUCGAGUACCUUCGCAUUCGGGGAGGCACUGGUCUCGUGGGAGGCGCUCUCGUUCACAGGGAAUUUCCCUUUGCAUACGAAGAACCUUUCGAGCUCUCCAGCCUCCACACGCUCAUACUCAGCGACGUCCCCUGGGCCACAAGUUACACGGUACAGCAUUUCUGUACCGUUGCCAAGGCACCCUUGAAAACUCUGCAUCUCGACAGCUGCUUCCGAAUCAAUGGGGCUCAGAUCGCGGAUCUUGUCCGGAUGGACAGUAUGAAGGAACUACAGGAGUUCAAUGUCGCACACAUUGCCGGGAUUGACGACAAAGUGGCCGUUGUCAUGGUUCAGGAAUUAGUGAGCCUCAAAGCCCUUGAUCUCUCUUAUACGAGGAUCUCGGGCUGCACGAUCAAAGCAUUUGCCGAUGCGCGGGCGUCUGAUGGCAAAGUAGCAAAGGUCGAGCGAAUCUUUGCGAAGUGCUGUGAUGAGGUGUCGUCAGAUGCCAUUGCGUAUGGGCGGGCACGGGGCAUUGAAAUCAUCACUUGA